CUUUCACAAGUGGGAGAUGCAGACUGCACUACUGCACUGCAGGAGGAGACAUCAUCACAAAGGUGGUCGUACUAACGUUAGCAGGUUCCACGGGUUGCCGCCAGAUUGGACGAUGGUGAUGAAGAACACGGUAAUGUAUUGAAGGGACAUGUUGGACAUGACGAUGUCGAUCCUGGUGAAGAGUCCGAUGGGGACGCAAAGACUACCAAGGCAGAUGAGGAAGGUCGAGAGCGAGGGGCGGGGCUCACCUACCUCCAGUUGUUAUGCGGCGAAAUUGCAGCAACAGCCGUGGGAGGAUGCCGCCACAUCAUGGCGAAGCGUACCACCCGAGGAUGCAGACCUUUGGACGAAAGCGUGGCAAAAGCAGGCAGCUUUGCUGUGGGUUCCGUCGCGUUUGUGUAUGAAAACACAGGGAACGAAGAAUUAUGGUCCAAAUAGCCGCCAUGGAGGUUGCCGCAGAUCCGCCAAGCUGCAGCGUGAUGGGCUCUUUAGUCAGAGAGUUUUCGCAGGACACAUCCACAAACAAUCACCGCAAGCAUCCUUCGCUUCGAUGUGAAAGCCACAGUUUCAUUUGAAGCAGCCUUUCUAUUUAUUCUACGAUGGAUUAUUAUAGCAUCAGUAGUAGUGCUCCAUAACCCCAUUAAGUAGGCAAUCAUUGGAGCAGCACCCACUCGAUGGUCACGCGCUCGAUGCGGCCCACAUACGGCGCGUGCCGGAAGAUGCUCGAGAU